AUGCCGACCGAUGGGCAAUUAACAACUCAAUUAAAAGUGUUGCGUGCUGAACAACAGCAAUUGUUCACACGUCUUCAAAAUUUGUAUACGGAAAGUAAAAAAGUUGCCAAUCCUAUAAAUUUAAGAAAUUUUCAAAUUAGAUUAAAAACACUUUCUCAAACAAAAGAUAGGUUUGAAACAAUUGUUCGGGAAAUAAAUCAAUUAGAAUUGACUUUAGAUGAAAAUUUUAAUCCUGAUUUUUCGACGAUAGAUUCCUUUGAUGAAAUUCUUUGUAACAUUCAAAGUGUGGCUGAUUUGAUUUCUGAGCCCACAACUGCGACUUCUAGUUCUAGGCCAACGAAUCAGGCAGGUUCUAGUGGGUUUUCAGCUAAAAGUAUAUCACGAUUACCAAGAAUUCCAUUACCAGUUUUUAGUGGUGAUAUUAAAGAAUGGCCCACUUAUUUUGAAUUGUUCAAGUCUUUAAUUGACGAAAAUCAGGAAUUGAAAACCGUGGAUAAGGCUCAUUAUUUAUUCGGUAGUUUAUCUGGUAUUGCAAAGAAUAUUUGUGGUGGAUUAACUCCAACUGAAAGUAAUUAUUCAAUAGUGUGGAAAGCUCUUGUAGAAAAAUAUCAAGAUAAACGUAAACAAGCUAACGCUUAUUUAGAAAAAAUUCUCAAAUUCAAAACGUUUCAAAUAGAAUCCGUUGCAAAUCUCAACUCAUUUAUAGAUAAUUUCGAUUCUUCUGUGUGCGUGCUUAAAAAAUUGCAAAUGACGGACUUAGGAGAUUUUAUUCUAGCUUUCGUGGCGUUAUCGAAAUUGGAUCCUCAAAGCCGUCGGGCCUUUGAGAUGAAAAAUAACACGUCCGAAAUACCUACUUAUGACGAUGUCAUAAACUUUGUAAAAUCGCAUAUGAAGGUGCUUAGUCAUACAGAUAGUGGAAAAAUUCAAGCUUAUAAAAGCAAUGUAGAUGGAGCCAAGUCAAAGCCUCAAGCUUUCAUGAUUCGCGACUCGGAAAAAAAAUGUAUACUGGAUUGUCAUGAAAACCAUGAGGUGUAUCAAUGUCCAAAGUUUGUAAAAUGGAGUCCUAAACUACGGUAUGAGUUUGUAAAAAAAUCCAAACUAUGUUUAAAUUGCCUUUCUUCGCAUAAAAUAAUUAAUUGUCGUUCAAAAUUUAAUUGUUUCACUUGCAAACAACGACAUCAUUCAUUAUUACACUUUCCAACUUCGAAACCAUCUGAUUCUAUCAAUACAGCACCUGAUGCCCCUAGUACACCUUCCAUCUGCGGUAAUAUUACUGCAGGGGAUGCAGUUGCAAGUAGCUAUUGUUCAAUGGAUAAUGAAAACUACGUUCAAAAUUCUACAGUUUUAUUAUCAACGGUUUCGGUCAAUUUUAUAGAUAGAUUUAGAAAAAUUCACAAGUUACGAUUCCUUUUAGAUUCGGCUAGUCAAGCAAAUUUUAUAGUAAGUAGGACUUGUAAAAAAUUAAAUUUGACCGUGAAAAAGGCACAUAGUGUCGUUUUAGGUCUUGGGUCGAAUGCAAACUCUGUGGAAGGUCAUGUUAAAAUAGUUGUUUCGUCGCAGAUAAAUAGUAAGGAAAACCAUUUGUUAAAUAUGCUCGUUAUAGACAAGGUUUCCAACAAUCUUCCCAAUUUUAGAAUUAGUUUGAAAACGCUAUCGUAUCUCCAAGAAUUACCCCUAGCUGACUCUUGUUUCCAUAUACCCGGGGAGAUAGACGGAAUUUUAGGUGCUGAAGUUUUUGCUUCAGUAAUUGGUCAAAACAAAGUAGAUGGACCACCUGGUUGUCCAACUGCGUUAGAAACAAGUCUUGGAUAUGUUAUAAUAGGAAGUGCACCGAUUUUACCCUCAUCUAUUGUAGAACAACCCGCUUAUUGUAGUGUGGUUAAUUUAAGUGUUGAGGAUAUUCUUCAGAAAUUUUGGGAAAUUGAAGAAAUUGAGGUUGCUUCAAGCCUCAACGCAGAGGAUGUAGAAUGUGAAAAAAUUUUUACAUCUACUGUGAAGCGGGAGCCAAGUGGUAGAUAUAUUGUAGCACUACCGUUCAAAGAAGAACCGUCUGUUUUGGGUGAUUCUUACACUGCAGCUUGUAGACGCCUAUUAACAAUAGAAAAGCGACUAGAAAAUUCUCCUGAAAUGCGACUCAAAUAUAAUGAGGCCAUGCAAAACUUUAUAGCACAAAAUCAUAUAUCUAAAAUUUCAGAUAAUUUACCCAGAUAUCCUGGAUAUUAUAUACCCCACCAUGGUGUAUAUAAAGUAUCGUCUUCGACUCCUCUACGAAUAGUUUUUGAUGCUAGUUGUAAAACCUCAACGUCGAAAUCAUUAAAUGAUAUUCUUUUUGCUGGUCCCAAAUUACAUUCGGAUGUAUUCGUAACGUUACUCAACUUUCGGUUGUUUGCAAUUGCUAUGACUGCAGACAUUUCUCAAAUGUAUAGGCAAAUUAAAAUUCAAAAAUCGCAUAGGCGAUAUCAACGAUUAGUUUGGAGAUUUUCGAAAAAUGAACCAAUAUCGGUUUAUGAAAUUUCAGUGGUUGCGUUUGGUGUAACUUCCUCCCCUUAUUUAGCGUUACGAACGAUGCACCAAUUAGCCUCAGAUGAAUCUUCAUCAUACCCCUUAGCUUCCAAUGCAGUCAUAAACGACAUGUAUGUAGAUGAUUUUGUAACCAGUGUUCAGGAUACCCAAAAUGCGAUAAAAUUAUUUCAAGAAAUGGUUAAUUUAUGCGAAUCUGGUGGUUUUCCAAUAGUUAAGUGGAAUACUAAUUCGAAAGUUGUAUUAAAAAAUAUUCCAGAAAAGAUUCGUUUGAACCAAACUUUAGAAUUUAAUAGCGGUAAUAUGCAAAGUGUUUUGGGUCUGCAGUGGGAUCCUGAGUCGGACACUUUGUCCUUUAAAAUAAAUUCGGUUGUUCAUAAAUGCACGAAGAGAAAUAUUUUAUCCACGAUUGCACGCAUUUUCGACCCUCUCGGAAUUAUAGCGCCGGUGAUACUUCAAGCUAAAUUAAUGAUUCAAAAUAUUUGGAUUUUGAAGUUAGGAUGGGAUGACGUUCCACCCGAUAGUGUAGUGAAACUUUGGUCACAGUUCGUCCUGGAAAUGCCUCAGUUAGUUAGUUUUAAAAUACCUCGCUCUUUGGGUGUUGGAGAUAAUCCAAUAACGCUUGUGGCUUUCGCAGAUGCCUCUUUAAAGGCAUAUGGUGGAGUGGUUUACAUCAAAACUAGAAAUAAUGUUGAACUUCUCUGUGCAAAAUCUAAAGUAGCACCGUUGAAAACGGUAUCCAUUCCCCGACUUGAAUUGUUAGGUGUCCACUUACUGGCUAAACUUAUACAUAAAGUAAUAGAAACGUAUAACCGGCGUAGUUCUAUUGAAAAUAUUUAUGUGUUCUCGGAUUCUAGUAUAGCAUUAUGCUGGAUACAUUCUUCACCGCAUAGAUGGAAAACCUUCAUUGCAAAUAGAGUUACUAAAAUAAACGAAUGGUUACCACCUAGCGUUCUAUGGUUUCAUAUUCCGGGAGCUGAAAAUCCGUCAGAUUGCUUAUCUCGUGGCCUAAUGCCGUCUAAACUUAUAGAAAACACAUUAUGGAGAAAGGGCCCGGAUUGGCUUAUUUUAGAGCCAGAGAAUUGGCCGGUUACCCCUUUUUCGGUGAACAAAUUUAGUACCAAUUUAGAAUCCAAAGUCACUUCCCUAGCAGUUACAAAUCAUGACGAUAAUUCACUUUAUAGAUUAAUUAGCAAUAGUUCGUCAUGGAUUAGAUUAGUUCGUAGUAUGGUUUAUGUUUUACGAUUUUCAAAACUUUUACCUAAACGCGAAAACAUUUCUUCAUCGGACCUUGAACAGGCUGAACAUAAACUCCUUUGGCUUGUGCAGAAAAAACAUUUUGCCAAGGAAAUAGAGUUGCUAGAAAGGGGGCAGGAAUGUUCGUUUCGCGUCCGCUCUUUGAGACCAUUUAUGCAUAACGGAAUUUUACGUGUAGGAGGUCGUUUGUCAAAUUCAAAACUAGAAUUUGAACAAUGUCAUCCUGUUUUGCUACCGAAAAACGAUCCCCUGGUAAAUUUGUUAAUAGAUUAUAUUCAUUCAAAAAACUUACAUACCGGCAGUGGAUUAGUGUUAGCUCUUUUGCGGCAACGUUAUUGGAUAUUAGCGGCCAGGAGCAUAGUUAGAAUACGUGUUAGAAAUUGUAACCGUUGUUUUCGCGUCCGGCCAAAACCUACGUUCCCCAUUAUGGCAGAUUUACCAAAAUUUAGAGUUCAGGAGGCAAAACCUUUUGUACAUACGGGGACCGAUUAUUGUGGGCCAUUUUCUAUUACUAUAUCUCGUAGUAGAGGAGCUCGCGUACAAAAGGCUUAUAUUUGUAUAUUUAUUUGUUUAGUUACAAAAGCAUUGCAUCUCGAGCUGGCCUCUGAUUUAAGCACGGCAAAUUUUUUGCAAUGUUUAAAACGCUUUUUAUCUCGAAGAGGUCCAGUUUCAAUUCUUUAUUCCGAUAAUGGGCGAAAUUAUAUUGGUAGUAAAAAUGAAUUAGAUAGUCUGUAUAAGUUGUUGACUUCAGUAGAAUAUACAGAAAAGUAUUGCAACGAGCUAUCCCAUAGAAAAAUAGAAUUUCGUUUCAACACUCCAAGAACAGCUCAUCAGGGAGGAAUUUGGGAGAGCCAAGUAAAAUGUGUCAAGUCCCAUUUAUUCAAAGUGGUUGGAUCCCAAAUUUUGAGCUACGAGGAGAUGAAUACUUUGCUUAUUCAAAUAGAAGCAUUGUUGAACUCAAGGCCCUUAUGUACUCUUAGUGAUGAUCCUUCCGAUCCAUUAGCACUCACCCCUGCACACUUCUUGAAUUUAACGCCACUUCAAUUUUUGCCAGCGGCUGACCUGACAAAUGAGUCAAUCAAUCGUCUCAAUCGUUAUCAAUUAAUAGACCGAUUGGUACAAAGUUUUUGGGCUAGAUGGCAUCUUGAAUAUUUGACAACGUUACAAGUGCGACAGAAAUGGCAAACCAAAACGAGCGAUGACAAUGUCAUUAGACCGGGAUUAAUAGUUUUGAUAAAGGAGGAUAAUGUUGCUCCGCUGCAAUGGCCAUUAGGUGUAAUAGAGGAAAUAUUUCCAAAUAAGGAUGGAGUCGUGCGCAGAGCUUCAGUUCGAACUAAACAGGGUAUCUGCCAACGACCCGCCGUACGUUUAUGUCCGUUACCCUCCCAGUAA